AUGGCGGCGGGGGAGACUUUAAACCACGGUAUUACAAACCUCAAAAGUUUUGCAAGCCUAUUUGAGAACGUUUUGGGGGGCCUACAAUGCUUAUCCUGUCUUGGUCUUUCCCUCUUCCCUACUUCUCUCUUGCAGUGUAAGAAAUAUCGGGACCAGCUGCCACCACAGAGAAAAGCAGCCCUCCAAGAUAAGCUGUGUGCCAGUGAGCUGUUCCGGGACAAGAAAAGCCUGUACGCCAAGAGUCUCCCGCAGCCUUUCCAAGGGGAAUACCUGGGUCUGAAAGAGAACCCCAAGUAUCGCAAGCUCCAAUCCACCGCUGAUGGCAAGCUGGUGAUGGCGGACAAUGUGAGGAAAGUCAACCGGGGAGACGGGAAGGCCUCUCCUAGACUCUUCCUUCUCACCAAGAGUCAUGUGAUCCUGGCUGAUCCCAAGGCAGCUCAGCCCAAAACCGUUAUCACCUUGAGCGACAUUGACUAUGUCUCCGUCAGCCGCUACUCAGAUGGGUUCUUCGUUUUGCACCUUAAAGAGUCUUCUACAGCAGGCAGCAAAGGGGACUUCUUGCUUAUCAGCGACCACCUGAUUGAACUGGUCACCCGGCUCCACCAGACAGUACUGGAGACUACGAAGCAGAAAUUGAAACUCCAAGUGACUGAUGAGUUUCUGGUGAAGUUCAAGCAAGGCAGCAUCACUGUCAAGGUAGUGGAGACGGCGGAGAAACAGGGCACAGCGCCCAUCUGCAGGAAGAAAGGGAGCCGUAGAAUGGAGGUGCUGGUCCACUGAGGUGAAGCCGGGUGACAGGAAGGAGACACCAGGAGGAUACUGCUUGUCCAGAACCAGAACCCUCGAGACUCCAGAGCUGGGAACCUCCAGCCUAGCUACAGCUCACCACCACGGCCAGUCCUUCAGAAUCCCUCGGGGGCAGCUGUCUAAAUACCUACAUUCAGAACUGAACGUGCACCAAUUUCUCCAUUUGUUGAUGA